AUGAUAUCUGAAUUUGAUACCAACUAUUAUCCACUCCAAUUAUACGAUUUACAAAUGCCAAUGACUUCUCAAUAGUAACUUGAAAAUUUCAAUUCAAAUGAGGUUUCAGCGAGAAAGUUGAGGGUGAGCUCUUAGUGUUUAAUUUAAAAAAAGUAUAAGAAAUUGUUAAAAACUUCUAGAAAAAUUAGACAUAAGUAAAAAAGGCCUUCAUUAUUAAAAAUUGAUGAAACUGCAAGAGAUGUUAAAAUUUACAGUUUGGGUCCUAGUUAGACCAAUUUAGAAAAUGUAAAUGAAGACCAAAAAUAAAUUAACGACUGA